AAACAGAUAGAUUGAAUAUCUAUUCACACAUCCUCACCAACAUGACACGAAAUACCCAGACCACACCAUACCAACAGCUCCGCCUCCGUAUUCUCGCCUACACCUGUAUUCUCGCCUACACCUCCCUUCAUCAGUCAUUAGUGUAGGUCGUGCGUGUGGUGACCCCCACGCCCAAGUACCACCAAUUCAUUAACACGAUACCCGCGCGAUCAAAGCUUUACGAGAACGAUGGCGUCCCGCGCAUUCACACCCGCUGCGCUCCGCCGCGUCGCGACAACAGCUGCACCGAGGUGCGCCCGCGCGUUUCAGACGACGGCGAGGAGGGCGGAGGAGGGGAGAUCGUUGCCUGUUAGGAAGCCUGUUGGUGCUUUUCGUGGGGGGUUAUUCGGAUUCUUCCUCGGUAGCUCCUUGACGGGCGCGGGGGUGUAUUAUUACGUCCUUGAGGAGUAUCGGGUUGCGAAUGAGCUGUUGACGGAGGAUAUAUACUCCCUACAAGCCGCGGUGCAGCGCGUGCACGCCUACGUCGAGACGUUGGAGGAGAAGCUGGAUAAUACUGAGAGGAGGAAGUAAACCAGUGGACAGUGUAUAUGGCGGAGAUACAUGUCAUGGAGAGGUCUGGCUGGGCUGGACUGGAUUGGGAUGGGAAAGGUGGUGAUGGGGGGAGGGAAAUAGCGAAUGUUUUCAGCGGCUUGAUGGGACUGUAGCGAAAUGGGGAUUUGAGCGUGAGAUUGUAUAUGAUCUCUAUGGAUACCUUGACGUGUAUAUUCUACGUUGCCUUGCUGUGAUAUGUUAUGCUAUAUCCCAAUAAUUUCCCCUACUAUAUAACUUUUACCCAC